UGCUUAAUCUUAAAUGAUUCAUAACCAAAUAGUCCACAAUCUAAUAAGGGUGACCCCAAAUUGGGUGGUGGGUUGAUGCCCCCUAAAUUCACAUCGACGACAAAAAUCACGCAAAAGCAAUUCAACGAAACACCCCCAUUUCACACACACACUCUCUCUCUAAAUCUUCAUCUUCAUCUGGGGAGCUGAGUGACAGUGUAUCAAUGGGCAAGCCCCCUCCGAUCCAGAAACGCCCCAGCGGGCGCACCAACCUGGCGUCGUGCAUCGUGGCGACCAUCUUCCUCAUCUUCGUGGUGAUCGUGGCCUGCAUCGUCUACUUGACCAUCUUCAAGCCCAAGGACCCCAACCUCGCCGUCAACGCCGUCCAGCUCCCGGCCUUCUCCCUCUCCAACUCCACCGUCACCUUCACAUUCUCCCAGUACGUCACCCUCAACAACCCCAACCGCGCCGCCUUCUCCCACUACGACAGCUCCCUCCAGCUCCUCCACGCCGGCCGCCAGGUGGGCUUCAUGUUCAUCCCCGCCGGCAAGAUCGACGCCGGCCGGACCCAGUACAUGGCCGCCACCUUCUCCGUGCAGUCGUUCCCGCUCUCGCUGCCCGGCCCGACCAUGGAGCUCGAGUCCAGGCUCGAGAUGGCGGGCCGGGUUCGGGUCCUGCAUUUGUUCAACCACCACGUGGGGGCCCGCGCCGACUGCUGGGUUUCUAUUUCUCUCACUGAUGGAUCUGUCUUGGCUUUCCACUGUUAGUUCAUUUCUUUUUUCUUCAAAUUGUAUAAACAGUUAUGGCUUUUAGGGAACUCAACUCUCACUCACUACAUCACUUGUUUUCCUUUUCAAUUCCAUUUCUUUUGCUUCCAUCUCA